UAUCAUUGCAGCUCCGAUGACGCGUUGGACUCCUGUUAUGCCUACCCUUCCCCGGAAGAGGAGAGGCCCCCUCCCCCUUACCCCUCUUCCUCCUCUUGCUACCCGCCUCUUCACCAUUUCUACCCCCGAGCACCGCAGUGUGCGCGCCCUGUCGCCCCCGGUCCAGAGUCCGUGCCCCCUGGGCCGUCGCCCCCACCUCCCCCCCGCUGGUCUUGCUACAGCCCUCCCCCACUGCCCCCCUCUUCGUGUCCCUCUCCCUCCCCCCAGCAGCUUGAUAUAAACUCUAACCCCAAGCCCUGCUCCCUGCACCUCCCCAAACAGAGCUCCCUGGCCGAAGCUCCGCAUGCGUCCCCACCGUUAGAAACCAACGUCUCCCCUCUCUACAUCAAAACCUCCCUCGUGCUAACCCGACACGACCCGUCCCUCGGUCCCCACACCUCUAACCUCCCCCUGUCCGCACCUCCUCCGUGGGCCCCCUGUGCCUGUAGCCGAGAGAGAGGAGCCAAGCUGACUAGGUAAAUACUACGUCACUUCGCCCUGCCCAGAUGGUCACAAACUCAGUCUCCGUAACACACACAGGCCUGAGUGGCUCAUAAUGGCAAAAUGAGAGAGGGAAAUUAGGACACAAAGGGGAGAGUGAGAGAGGGGGAGCUCCCUCCAAAGUGCCAACAUCCUGUUUAAUACAUUUGGUUCAUUUUCUCGUUAUUGUCCUCAAUUUCAUGUUUCAAAGGGAUAUUCCUCCCAUCAUGGAACUUUUCUAUUGGAUCAUUCUAGUACCAAACUCUCCUUAUUUUAUGGAAUCCAUAACUUUCCAUGUUGCCAGGAAAUUGUGGAGGAUGUUGCCAAGCAACAAAGAAUAUUGAAAACUCUCAGAGAUAGCAAAACACAGUGGCCGUUAAUUUGUCAUUUUAAAGGGCCCAGUUGGCCUUGGAUGGCAGUUGACUAGUUAUGUUUCUGAAUAUGAAUUGGACAAAGAGUGACUAAGUGAAAAAUAUGGAUGGGCUGGCAUGAUUCCUAUUCGAUCAUUAGCCUUCAUCGGAAUGGGGUCUUUUACAUCAACAGCUGUUAGGGAUGCCUCAUUUGCAUAGCUCCACCCUAACUUCAAAUCUCUCCAGUCCCGAUCACCCAUCCUCAUCUGCUGUCAGUGGGCGGGGGGAUUUGGAGCUGGGAGAGCUGUCACUCACAUCCUAUUAUGAACUAGGUUUUGACCUUCAAGCUCUCUACCCAUUGGCAUUCUGUCUGCAUAGUGCCAUAAAAGGCAAGAAAAAAAUCCAUUAAACCUACUGGCUUGGGCUUGGAUUUUUUGGGGGGGCUUUAGAUACACUGCCAUAUAGCUAGUAGUACAUUUGCAGUAGUGAAAGUUGUCAGUGGUCACUCAGAUUAUCUGACAUUGAACGACAGGGAUUUUCAUUUCUACAUGUGGGAGAUUGAGGCCAUCGACCCUCAAACUGACAGGUUGUGAACACAAACACACACACACACACACGACCUGAAGAAGAUGUUA